GACAAGGAAGCAGCACCACCCCGGCUGCCGAGGACGACCCAUGGGCCAUGCCAGCUAAGAAGGGCAAGAAAAAGAAGGGGAGGCAGGCUGCUGAAUUUGAUUGGGACAAGCCUGAGGAACAGGAACAGGAACAGGAACAGGAAAAGGAAGCAGCACCACCCCCGGCCGCCGAGGACGACCCAUGGGCCAUGCCGGCGAAGAAGGGUAAGAAAGGUAAGAAGAAAGGUAAGAAGAUGGACGAUUGGGCGGACCCGGAACCACCCGAUAAAGGCCUCGAUGACUCUGAGGAAACUGGACUUAUGGCCAAGCCCGACGAUGCUGAGCAAAUGGCACAGGAAGAGAACAUCUUCGCCACUCCCAAGAAAAAGAAGAAGGGUGGCAAGAAGAAGGGCAAGGAGAAGGCGGUCGACUCAGAGGAGAUAAUCAACAUGGCCGCCUCCGAGCCCUCGAUAGAGAAGUCGCCGUAUUCUGAGGAGCCAACAGCCACGACUCUGUCUACUAACGAGGCGUUGUGGGAUAAUGCUUUUGACAUGCAGGACCUAGGAAAGGGCGAGUCGGUGGGUGACGUAGUAGAACUCGACCCUGCACCCUCAGGGCUAUUGAAAAAGGAGAAACGGAAGAAGAAAAAGGCUAGUCAGUUCUCCUGGAGUGACGAGACUCCCGAUCCGCCCGCUGUGCAGACCUCCGAAGAGCCUCUCGACGAGCAACCAAUUGUGGCAGCGCUUAGAAUCCCUGAACAGGAUACUACCCCGACUCAGUUGGUGAAGGGGAAGAAGAAGAAGAACAAAGGAAGCCAGCGGGCCUGGGAUGCGGAGGAAGAGGAGCCAGCUAAUCGGGGUUUGGAUGAGCCUCUUUCUCAGACUAUUGACCCUCCACCCGCCCGGGAGGCAGUGCCGGACGGUGUCUUUGCCUCCUCGAAGACGAAGAGGAGUAAAGGAAAGAAAGCUUCUGUGACUGAACAGCAAGGCAUACCCUCCACCGGAGAAACUGAGGCUCUUGAUGACCGUCCAUUGACAACCGACCAGUCUGCCGACGGAGCUGCCCAUGGAGACUCAGCUUGGGAUGAUUUCAAUGCGGACGAGAACUGGGCAGAUGCUAUGGAGGAGCUCGAAAUCAAGGAACCUGAGAGGUCACCGCCGGGUCCUGACGACAGGUCACCCGAGGCCUCGAUUUCCGCUCCCGAGCCCCUUCCCGCUGAGGAUGAUUUCGGGGUGCACUUCAACAAGAAGAGCAAGAAGAAGAAGGGCAAGAAGAACGAUAAAACACCUUUCGAACAGGCACCGGAAUCGGAUGAUGCACCUGCCCUAAAGACCGACGCCGAGUUUCCUGUGCCUGGGCCCAUGCCCACCGUAACCGACAGCACACCAUCUUCAACACAAGACCAAUGGGAUACGCCAGGCCGGGAGUCUACAGGGGAUGAGUGGUCGGCACCUUUGAAGUCCAAAGCCAAGAAAGAGAAGGGAAAGAAACGCGGUAACAAAUCGAGUCCCCUUACCAGCGCCGACGAGCCGACCCUGGUCGAAGACGAAACUCCGGCGGUUGAGCAAACCCUCAAGCGGACGAGCAAAAGGACCCAGAGGAAAACCUGGUCGAUGCCUUUGAAGCUGACCCCACUUCUGCCACCCGAAGUUGCGGCGCCCCCUUCCGAAAUACCUCCCAUCGAACCUGCUAGUGGAGAUGCCGAGUACGCUUACCUGCCUAAGUCCAUGAAGAAGAAGAAGAAGGGCAAAGCCGCCAAAUCCGAGCCAACUCGCGAGUUAGAGACUGCCGAAGCGUCGUUUAUUCAGGGAGAAGCGUCCGACCCCUCGGACCGGACCAGCCCUCAUCUGUGGCCUCCGGCGACGAUGCUGCUGCUGAUGAUUGGUCAUACACCCCCAUCUUCGAAACGGGACAAGAAAAAGAAGAAGGGCAAGGUUGCAUCUUUUGAACAUGAGCUUCAUCCAGAUACAAAGUCCGAGGCCCUCGCUCAUGACGACCUGGACCCUACUAUCUCUUUAGUCGCCGAGGAAGAGCCAAAGGUUGAAGAUGAGUGGGCCUACACCCCUCCUUCCAAGAAGGGUAAGAAGAAAGGCAAAGCGGCGCUUGUGGAAUCCGAGCCGCUUCCUGAGACCGAACCCGAGGCUGCCGCCAUUUUGGGCCAGGCCCAAGAUGAUCCUGCUUCUAUAGCCGACGACCGACAGCUAAAGGCUGAAGAAGACGACUGGGCCUUUACUGCACUCUCUAAGAAAGACAAAAAGAAGAAGGGCAAGGCUAAAUUGUCCGAUCCCACCCCUCCGCCUGAGGCAGAGCUGGCAGGUGAAACCACUCUGGACCAAGAUGCAAAUCCUCUUCUUCCUGCACCGAAGGAAGAAGAAACGAAAACCGAAGAUGACUGGUCGUAUACUACACCCUCGAAGAACCUUAAGAAGAAAAAGAAGAAGGACAAGUCUUCACCGGCAGAUUCUGAGCUCCUCCCUGAAACAGUACCCGACGCCAUCGCUACUUCGACACAAGGCAAGGAUUCCGUGACUUCUUUGGUCGGCGAAGACGAGCCCGAGGUGGAAGAUGAUGGGUUCUACGCUUCGCCUCCGAAGACGGACAAGAGGAAUAAGAAGGGCAAAGGCAUCCAGUCCGAGACUGAUAAAACACGCGGGCUUGAGCUUACCGAGCCCCACAAUGAAGCAUCGCUCGGCGGUAUCGAUACGCAGCCAGAUGAAGAUUGGUCUUCCAGCCUAACAGAACCAAAGAAAGGCAAGAAGAACAAAAAGACAAAAUUGCUGAUACCUGAGGAAGACUCCAUCUUCGAGCCCCAUACCUCGCUGGCCGGGCAGCCAAUUGACGAGGAAACUCGUGGGGAUGGAGAAACCGACAUCCCCGCGGACGAGUGGUCAACGACUCGAAUGGACUCGAAGGACAAGAAGAAGAAGAAGAAGAAGAGUCUCGAUUUGUCAGAACCUGAACUUCAAACGGACUUGCAGAACGAACCAGCCCACGAACGAAGCGUUCCGGAGGGUUCCGGAGCACCAGCUGGCGCCGAGAUUGAGCCUGUGCCUGAGCCUGUCGAUGACUGGGCCUUUACCCCGAAAUCUAAAAAGAUAAGGCCAAGAAAAAGAAGAAGGGACACUCAGGAACAGGCUGCAAGAGACAUCACCGAGGACUCUCGUCUAGUAACAGGAGCGCCCGGGGCAGAACCCGCCGAUCACGAUACAUUUACUUCAACCUCGGAAAAUGAUACGAUGCAGGAAAGGGGAAUGAACGAGGAUCAAGCCCUAUCAACGCCCGAGUCCGAACCUGAAGUCUCAUCAAUGUCCGGAACAACUCCUGCCGAGCCUACCCAAGACUCUCCUGAAGAAAAGAAGAAGUCCCGAGCGACUCUUGAGCCGAAACCCGGGGCCGAGCUAGACGUCGAACCACCUCCUCGCUCCGAACCUGAUCUUGAUGCCGAGAUCCCACUCGCUCUUUCUGAGCCAGUUGCUACUGAACCUUCUAAAGAACCCCAGCCGUCGCUUCAGGAAGAGCCCCUUGAUCAGUGGAAUUUCACUCCAACUUCCAAGAAGGACAAGAAAAAGAAAAAGAAGGGCAUGCCUGCAAUUGAACCAGAACCUCCGGCCGAAGGCGAACCCGAUGUUCCAGAACUUGCUACAGAACUAGAGCCCACUCUUGACCUCACUGCAGAAGGCGAAUGGGAGGUACCGACCGCUUCUGGAAAGGAUAAGAAGAAGAAGAAGAAGAAGGGCUUGGCUACCCAACAGUCAUUUUUCGAGCCUGAAUCGAGUUACCACGAGCAGCCCGCCGAGUUCGAACCUGCGACCGGAGAGGCUCUCCCGCCUCCUGAGCACAUUGCUGACCGGGCUGCCGACCGACCGGUCGAGGAUGACUGGGUACCCAUGUCGAGCAGCAAGAAGGACAAGAAGAAGAAGAAAAAGAGCUCAUUUGUCCUUGAAUCUGAGCCCCGGACUGACUCGGGAGACUGGACGGAAGACCGGACUGAAGCCAACGCUGAGACUCUCCUCGAGGUCGAACCGCCCGCUCUUCCCGCCGAGCCUACUGACCUAGAAUACUGUGAAGAUUUGGCAUCCUCCUCUCAGAACGAGAAAGACGAGGAGAGGGCCAAACAAACGGGUUUGGCUACUUCUGAGGUUGGCCAGACAGUGGAUGCUGUCCUCGAAGGUGAAACUGCUAUCUUUGAGCCUCAUGACACCGAGGCUUCCCAGCCUCUGGACCCCGUCACUGUUCCGGACAGUGUCCCUGAGGAACUUGAGUCUGAACAACCUGCCGCGAUCGAAGAUGAGUUAUCGACCGAGAGCCAACCGACCUUCAACCAGUCGGGCCCCUCUAGCUCUAAGAAAGACAAGAAAAAGAAGCAGAAGGGCGACGCUGCUUUUGAUCCCCAGUCCACUUUGGCAGAGGCCGAACCUCGCAUCCCCGGUCUUGCACCAACUGGAGAGCCUGAAGAGGACCCGUUAGCUGAAUGGGCCUUUACGCCGACUACUAAGAAGGGCAAAAAGAAGAAUAAGAAUAAGUCUUUGGUCGAGCAAGAGGUGUUCGAUAUUGCGGAGAAAUUUACCCCUGCGCCGGAGGAAAGCACGCCCAUCCCGGAUUCUGCUUCGCCCACAGCUGAGGAUGCGCUUGAAGAUGAAUGGUCUUCACCGCUACUCACGACGAAGGACAAGAAGAAGAAGAAAAAGGGCAAGGCGAACGCUGCCUUGGAACCCCAACCUUCUGGCGACAGAGAGGCAGCAUCUGUUGAGGAUUGCUCCCCGCUCGCCGAGCUGCCAGUAACAGAAACAGAAGGUCCCUCCGCAGCUGACCCUCAAUCCGAGAAUGAAUGGGCUUUCACACCAAGAAGCAAAGAUAGGAAGAAGGCGAAGAAGGGCAAGAAGGCGGCCGCAAUCUCCCUCGACGCCGCCUCGGAGUCAAUUCCUGGCCUUGAUACCACGUCCCAUAUCUCCCCUGAAUCUCCUUCCGAAGCCGUUCUGGAGCUUGACCAAGGCGAUCUUGUCGAGCACGCCGCAGAUAAUCAAACCCCGGACCCAUCCAUGGUCAAAGAGUUACCCCAAACCGUCGACGAGUCUACACCAGUCUUUGAGCAGCAGACUCCCCGGGAAGACAUUGGCGAGUCUGCCCUUUAUAAAGACGAAGAUGGCAAACAAAGGUCUCCAGUAUUGUCAAGUAUGGAGCCCGAGUCUGUCAACUUCACCGAACCCUCGCCCAUGGACGCCACGGAUAUAGUCUCUGCCCUGGACAAGAACCCCGAUCCCGAUUACCCGCUGUCUGGAGACGAAUGGGGUCCUACCAUCUUUGACGCACCAGCAGCCACCGAGGCUCCCGAGGACACCUGGUCUUUUACCCCGCUCGCUAAGAAAGACAAGAAGAAGAAAAAGAAGCAGAAGGGUAUGCCGUCACCCGAACUUGAACCCGUGUCUCAGUCCCAGUUCUCCUUGGAACCGUCCGUUGAAAGCAGCCUUCUUGAGCCCGACGCCCUCGUCUCACCCAUUGGGGAGCAAGAUUCCCUUGAUAUUCCUGCCGAUGGCUGGUCUUCUUCCCUUGAUGGAAAGGAAAAGAAGAAGAAGAAAAAGAAAUCUUUGACUUCUCAAGUGGAACGAGAACCCGACUCUACCCUCGAAGCCGCCCUAGCUGCCCCCGACCAUGCUGAUGAACCGAAUACUUUCAAAGACAAAAAGAAGAAGAAGAAGAGGGAUCCAGCGGAAGUUGAAAUUGAUUCGGGGGCGGCUAGACCUGAUGCUUCACACGCCACCGUUGACCAAAUGACGGAGUCUCCCUCUCCUGCCAUUCUCGGACCCACCACGGCUACGGACAGCUUGGCUCCUGAGGAUGAAUGGGCGUUUACAUCGCCCGGCGACGACAGACAGGCUGAGAGGAGCAAGAGUCUGUCUGACCCCAAUCUCGAGGGCGGUGUGACGGAGCCGACACCUGCGCGUCUAGAGGUUGAUGAAACCACAACCAGGGCCGUGCUUGGCCCCGUCGAGCCCAUAAGGGACACGCCUGAAGAUCUUGAUGCUGACCUCACAUUCAGCGCGUCUGAGCAGGCCUUUGCUCCUCGCGAUGACGAGUCCUUUGAUGUCUCCGUGGACGAUACCCGCAUGGUACCUGUCAGUGAAGACGAGGAAGGUCGUAACCAAUCACAAGACGCUGGAGAAGUCGAAUUAGUCGAAAAGGGCCAGAAGAAAAAGAAGAAGAAGAGCACGAUUUCUCUUGAAGAAGUCGCCCCACAAAGCAGUUCUGUACCUUCUGAGCCCGAAUUGCAGAUCUAUGACCCGCCCCAGGAGUAUGUCCUUCCCGUACAGGAUGUCGAGCCAGAAGAUGAGUGGGCGGCUGGAGGCAGCAGCAAGAAGAAGAAGAACAAGAAGAAGAAGGAUACCACCUUUUCUUGGGAUACUUCUCAACCGGACCCGACCCAAGUCGGGGACUUGCCUAUCGAACACGCGCAAAAAGACACUAAGGGUGAGCCCAGCCAGGCCGAACAAAUACCCGAGUCGGAACUAGCAGCACAACAGGCCGAGCAGACCGACAUAAUCAAAGGACAUCCCCCUGUUCCCGAAACCGAAUCUAAUGAAACUUCUCUUCUGGUGGCAUCCAUGGAGCCCGAGGCCUUCGUGGAGGUCACUGAUACCAAUAUUGUCACUCUGCUACCGAACGAUGAUGGUUCCGUCGCCGAGCCCGCCGAGUCCGCCAAGUCCGCCAAAGCUAGCGGAGAAAAGUUACUUGCGCCUGUCGAUGAAUCACAUACUCCUGACUUGGGUACACUAGCUCUGGAUGCUUCAGCCGACACAGGCUCUACUCAUCCUGUCACGGAGCAAGAGCCUGUCCUAGACCCUAUUGCUGACCCUACCCCAGUUGACGAUGACUGGAGCUUUGAGGUAGCAGGCGCAAAGAAGAACAAGAAGAAGAAGGGCAAGGCCUCCCGAGAAGAGGUCCAGCUUGUGCCGGCCCUGGACGAGGCCGAACUGAUCAAUCCGCCGCAAGCGUUUGAUCAGGAGGAUUCGGCAUCCCAGCCCCGUGAUACGCCCACUUCUACAACUACUAUACCGGCGCCUUCUCGACCCUCCUCUCCUACUGUUAAUGACGAAUGCCCUCCGUUGGCUGACGAGAACCCUCUUCCCACAGACUCUAGGAGUCAAACUUCUCAUGCAGCUGAUCCCACUGAGCUGCCACUCCAUGGUAUUUUGACUACGGAAGUCGUCACUGGUGAUGAGAAGCUCAUUCCCGAAGAGCCUAGUGACUCCCUGACACAAGUUUAUCCCGCCCAUGAUGCGACGGUCGGGGACAGCAGAGUUGAAGACGCUAUUGAUGAUGCCGAGGAAUGGGGAUCUUUCACCACAAAGAAAACCAAGAAGAAGAAGGAAAAGAAGACCCGUGGGGAGAUCGCUCCGACGCCUUCACCUCAGCCGCGCCCCCCCUCGGCUGACGUCGAACCCGAACCAACUUCUCUGGGAGACAACGACAAGCCAUCAACAUCCGUUGACAAUGUGGACGAAUGGGCUUUCACGCCUAAGAAGAAGGGCAAGAAAGGGAAAAAGCGUGAGACAUCGGCCGUUGAGUUGAUAGCCCCCGAACCCGACAACUCCGCCGAGACGCUCAAAAUCCAUCAGGAUGCUUUACCUAGCUCUGACGAAAUACCUGCUGCCUCCCCGGAUGACGUCUUCGAAACAGGUCCUCCACCAACAGAGCCGGUUGAUGAUUGGGCCUCUACUCCAUCAAGUAAAAAGAGCAAGAAGAACAAGAAGCGAAAAUCCGAGACCACAACCCCAGUCACCUCGCGUCCUCUUUCACCAAUCCAAGCCGCCAUACCGAUUGAAGCCGCCAAUCUAUCAUCAGAAACCCAGCCCGACCCCCUCACUCCUACCUUGGAUGAGCCGACCGAAUCCAUCCUUCUAAGCGCCAUGUCCGAUACACCUAUUGUCCAGGAAUCUGCCCUGCAAGACGCCAUUCCGGAAGAGCCCAUCCCUACACCCCUUGUGCUCGAUGAGGUCGAUGUGGCGAUUCCCGCGGACGCCCAGCCAGAGAAGAUGGAGCAAGCGGGUAAGAAGGGUAAGAAGGGCAAGAAGAAGGAUGUUUCUCGAGCCCUUUCACCAACUCCUGAUGACGUGGCUGCAGUGGAUGAUGCUAUUCUUGAUGAUCUGGACACUUCCAAGCCCAACGUGGUUCUUUCACCUGAGCCUAUUUCUGCCGAGUCCGGAAACCAGUCAAGAGCGCUAGAGGAUCCUACGGAGCUCGAUCCUGACAACUGGAGCUUCUCACCCAAGAACACAAUAUCUCGGACGCGCCAGCUCUAUCGCGGCCAGCGUCACCGAUUCAGGACAACUCUUUUGCUCAGCCUCCCGAGCCAGCUGAUCAAAGAGGAAGAAGACUGGGGCUUUGCUGACGCGAAGAAGAGAAAGAAAGCCAAGAAAGCCAAGUCCAAGAUGAUGGAUCUAGCUCUGCAGCCUCCAAUCGAUGAGCCCCCGCCCAGAGUUGAUGACGACCAUACUGUCAUGCCAGACCCUGAGCCACCCUUUGAGGGCGCAGAUGACUGGGCAGCGCCUGCUAAGAAAAGAAGGGCAAGAACAAGGGUCAUCCCCUCUGUCAGGGAUACCCCCGAGCCCGAUAUCCUGUCCCCUCCUGCCGAUUUCACGGAUCCAAUCCAGCCAGACGCAGACCCUGCCGCUACCGCGCAAGAAGAAGAUGAUUGGGGCGACCGAUCAACUCAUAUCCCUGAAGCCACCGAGGAGCUUUCUUUGUUGCCACCGGUUAUUGAUGAAUCAGCGCCCAUCCCUGAAACCACUGGGGAGCCUUUGGAAGCCCCGCAAAGUCUGAUCCAGCAAGCGCCCGCUCCACAGGACCAGGAUGAGUGGAGCUUCACUGCCCCAAAGAAAGCCAAGAAGGGCAAGAAGAACAAGGCGAUUGCUACUGACUCCAUGCCUUCUCGACCAUCUUCACCGGUCAACCGCCAGGCACCCAUACUUGCGGAAACUUUUAAUCCCCUUGUUGAAUCUCUAGGCCCCCAAGUGGACGACGCAGCUCCAACCGGCCAGGAAGAAAUGGGCGAGAGGUUCACAACACCCGAAGCGGAAGGCGAAAGAGCCAAGGAACCAGAUGCCGCCUCUGAUAUUCCUGCACCAAAUGCCUUACAACCUCUUCCUUCUUCGCCAGUCACUGAACCCAUGGGAGAUCAAGUCGCUGCCGUUGCCUUGCCUGUACCCGAGAUCGUUGAGGCCGAACCAGUGGACGACUGGGCCUUCACCUCGUCAAAGAAGAAUAAGGGCAAGAAAGGCAAACAGCGAGGCCGAGAAGUUGACGCGCCCGUGCCGGUCAACGUUUCUAGAAAUGCCUCCCCGACUCGUGAAGCUGAAACCGAAGUCGUUAGCAGCCUUCUCGAAACGACCGCGGACGAUGAGUGGGGAAGUUUACCACGGAAGAAGUCCAAGAAGAAGGGCAAGAAGGACAAGGUAGCUCAGUACGACUUCGAGGAGGAGUCUGUUGGGAUGCCCUUCAUCGCCGAGUCGGCCGACAGGGAAACCGCAGCCGAACCCGCUUCCAAAGCUCUCGACUUCGACCUCACCCCAGCUCAAGCAAUCAGCCAUAUCAUCCAUGAGGCCCCCUACGAACGAUCGCCACGGCCAGAAAAGAAGCUGCGCGUGGAUCAUGUUGAAGAGACCAUUCUACUUUCAGAGCCAAUCCUUUCUCUCGCAGAGCCUAGUUCGGUGGGCCGUGGAGACGACGAACAUUGGGACGAGUCCAGAGACGUCGACUUGGGUGACGGCUUCCUAGGUGCUGGGCCUUCAAAAUAUGACGACAGCUUUAUGGAGGAUGUGUACGAAAAGCCCCAGAAGGUCGCCGACAAGAAACCCAGGGAGGCAAAGUCUAAGGGUAAAGGUAAAGAAGUGGAGGCAGCUGCAACUGCUGCUCCAGCUGUAGCCGCCGCCGUAGGCGCCGUCUCUUCUCUCGCGCAAAAAUUUGGUGGGCAGGUAUCAAGACCUAAGAAGAAGCAGAAGGCAAAGAAGAUUGUGGACAAGCGUGGAGAUCGGGAGCCUGAUCUUUUCGAUGAUCCGGUGUUGUGGGAGACAAGUGACCGAAAGACGUUGCUUGGAGAGGAGGUACCAGGUGAAGUGGAUGCGUUCUGGGGCGGUGGUAAGAAUGAAGUGUUGGAACAAAUAGGAGAGGGUCCGGAGGUAUCAGGCAACUUUUCCGAGAAGGCCGAUGACCUUGACUUCUGGGGUGCUGGCGAAGAUGAUGAGCCCCGGAUGGAGCGCGGUGAUGAGGGCCGGGCGGUGGGUGAUCGAAAGGAAAAGGCCGGUGUUGAGGAGGGCAAGGUCAAGGCGGUCAUCGAACGUGUUAGCCUUGAUGUUGUUGACCCAGAUUCGGAGACUCGACAACCGACAAGGACAUUCGAUGAAGCAGAGGUUGUGGAGCCGAUGGAAGAGGGGAAUACUUGGUCCCGGCCUGUCUCCAACAUUGGUGAGGUGGUUGGGCCGAUCAUGGUGGAUGUUGUUGACUUUGAGGAAGAGAUGGCCCUCGAGCUAGGCGAUAAGGAGAUGGAAAGAAGCCAGCCUACGCCAGAGUUGGAGAUUGGGAAGCAGACUAAAUCGGGGCAGGGCACAGACCCGUCUACGAUGGAAGUUGUUGACGCGAGGGAAGAGGAAGUGAUGGAGGCAUCUACACAGCGGGGGAUAGUGGGUAAGCCCGGAAAGAUGGAAAUUUCAGCCUCACCAGCCGCCUCCGACGUGCAACCGGCCCAAGCAGACCGCCAAUCUCGAGGAAGCGAGCCGAUGAUCCGAUCACGGUCAAGAGGCUUCGACGACUCAAUCCCUGAGGUCGUAGCAGCGGUGGCGCCAGAUUCUGAUCUGGGUUCAAUUAUCUCACGCGCGGAGUCACCUGUGGCGAGGCAAGAGAGGCAAGAGAGGCAUCGGAGCCAAGAGAAGGGAAAGCACGUCGCUCAUCGCAGCGAAUUCAGCCCGUCUGCCAGCGUCUCUCGGAGCCUCGGUAGUGACGGCACCGACUUGCCUACUGAGGACUCGCCGCCAGUCCGCAGAGAGGUUGGGGAGGCGAGGCACGCGCGAUAUACGGACCACGGCAGUAGCGAAAAGCAGGAGGCCAAAUCCCGGAGCUUCAUUCAUGAUAUAUUGGACGAUUCUAGUCUAGGUGUGGAUCCGGCUUACACGCCAACAAGACGGUCGCUCUCACGCGGCCUCGAGCCAGUACCCGAGGAACCUACACUCGGAUUCACACCAAGACCCGCAAAGAAGAAGGAUCGGCCAGUCAGCGCCCUCCCACCAACAACUCCGGACAUUGGCAGGGAGGGUGGCUUAAUCGUCGACUCGCCCCACGACCGCCGUCGAGGCAACUGGGCGGAGGAAGGGCCUCACCGGGAUAGCGGAGUACACCUGAAGGAUUGGUCCGACACACCUCGAGGACAGAGCCCCGAACGGCGGAGCUUCAGCGCCAGGGACCGACCACACUCGGCAGAGAAGGCAGAGAGACAACUCAGGCGGUCGCCGCUCGGGUACAGGGACCUACACGACCACCCACUGUCCAAGGCGCCCAUGCUCCGCGAGCCAUCCUCGAGGCACGGGACACCGGAGCCGGAAAAGACGAUACGGCGGGCCGCUUACACGCCAACACCAGAGGACUCGAGCAGCAGCAAACGACUCAGGCGUGUGGCGUCCAACACCAGCCUCACGCGCCACAGGACGCCUGAGCCACAUCGAUUCAGGCCUGAUACCCCAGGCAGCAUUCGGUCGCUCCACAGCGCCACACCUCCUCUUCGGCGCGUGGAUCGACGAAUCAGCGGCGACCUUCGAUCUCUCAGCCAACGAAACCAGGGCGGUCAAGUCGGCGAACCCGGCUCAGCUCGUGCUGAAUCCUCAUCCAAAACGCGUAGCCUCGACCACACUCAAGAUCUGCCGUCUGCCGAAAACACCAACCCCGUGGCCAACGAAGGCCGUGUCCGCUCCAAGGACAUGACCGACGUCUAUGAUGGCUUUGGCGAGGGUCGCAUCGGGUCGCCCCGAUCGCCCACUCGACCACACAGCAUGCGCCGCCGACAAAGCAUGCAAGUACUCGAACUGGAAUCCAAGGUCAAGGAGCUUAUUGCCGAAAACCAAUUGCUGCACAAGGAGCGCCAGACAGCCGACCAAACGUACUCUCAAAAUGCCCACUCCCUUCUCUCCGACCGGGACUCCGAGAUUGACGCGCUCAAGCGCUCCCUCGAGCUUCUCAACCGCGAGGUCAGCCGCCUCACCGAGGUGAACGCGGGUUUGACCGCCGCCAAUACCCAGCUCGCCAACGAGCACAAUGGCCGCUACCGCGACCUCGAGCUACUCCAUGCCAGCGCUGCGAGAGAGCUUGAGACCUCGCGCUCCACACAGGGCAGCUUCGAGCAGCGCAUGCACGAUAAAGAUGUCGAGAUCGCCGAGCUACGCACCCAGCUCGAGUCGGCGCAAGCCAAGUUCGAUCACCGGUGCCAGCAGCUUUGUCAACAUGUGCAGCAGUGGGUUCUGCGGUUCUCCAAGUUCUCCGACAUGCGCGCGUGUCGCCUUACGGGAGAGAUCAACGACGAGAAGAUCAUUGAUCGACUAGACAACUCCAUUCUCGACGGCUCCGACGUCGACGUUUAUCUUCAGGACAGGGUCAGGCGCCGCGACGUCUUCAUGUCCAUGACGAUGAAUAUGAUCUGGGAGUUCAUCUUUACGCGCUAUCUCUUCGGCAUGGAUCGUGAGCAGCGCCAGAAGCUCAAGUCUCUGGAGAAACAUCUGACAGAGAUUGGGCCUACCCAUGCGGUGCGCCUCUGGCGCGCCGUGACCCUCACCCUUCUCUCGCGCCGCGAGUCGUUCAAGAGGCAGCGCGAUCUCGAUACCGAGGCUGUCGUGCAGGCUAUUCUAGAGACCCUCCAACUACGGCGCGUCAUGGCCGAGGCAGUCGACCUCGCCAUCAUGAUGCGCACCCAGCGCGCCGAGUACAUGAUGUUGCCCCCGCUGCAGCCCGAGUACAACCCCGACGGCGAGCUCGUCGAGACCGUCACGUUCAACGCGGCCCUCAUGAACGAGCGCGGCGGCGAUAAAUCCACCACCAACGAGGAGCUUCAGGCCCAGGGCUCCAUCGUCCGCGUCGUACUCUUCCCCCUCGUCGUGCGCAAAGGCGACGACAUGGGCGUUGGCGAGGACGAGAUCGUUGUCUGCCCCGCGCAGGUGCUCGUCGCCCGGAGCAGCCGUCGCAAGUCGCGCCAAAUCACCCCUCGAGUGACUUUGGAGGCGUCGCGGUCGGCGCGUCUGCGCACGACCUUCAAGACCCCAGCUUCCUUGACGACAGGGCCUGAGCUCGUUUAG